UUUUAAUUUAUGGGAAGUGCUGAGAUUAAUCUUGAGAGUGCACAAACUAGAUAUUAUCAAUAGAUUUAAGAUUCUAUUCAUUUGUCUGAUUUAAUUUUAAAUAACUCCUCAGACAACAAUGAUGCUAAGGCAAAUUAUGAGUUUGGUGAUUUUAUCUAUUGCCAUAAAAUACAGUGGAGCAAAAGGAUAUCUCAAAAUUUUGUCGCCUAUUUUAAUUCAAGAAGGAGCAACGUUAAUGAAUUAUAUCUACUUUGAUACUGCAGAUACAAUUGUAACAGAUUGUGCGCUUAGUUUUGUUAAUACAAAUAAUGAAACUGAGAGUGUAGCUUUAACGUUAGUUUCGGAAAAAGUAAAAAUAUCCGGAGAAAUAAAAAACGAUGAUAUUAAGAAACGAAUUAAACCAUUAUUCCGGAAAACUUGUGGUUUCACAAUGACCGAUUAUGCCCCAAAAGAUCCAACAUUGUUUACUCUCUCAUAUAGUUACCAUGAAAAUGGUGAAAAACUCAACGCUAAUAAAUCGUUUUCGGUGGACAUCUUUGAUAACACGGUGAAAGAAAAAAACAAAACAGUAAUUGUUGAACUCGGCCAGAGAGCAACGGUCGAUUGUGGAAAUUUUGCUUCAGGCCUCAUCUGCAUGCUGAUAAAUCCAUCUGGCGCAGUUAUUAAACAUGAAAAACAUUGCGAGCUUCACAUUGAGCAUGUGACUAUGCAAGAUCUCGGCACUUGGACGUGUAAAACAGGUCUGAAAAACAACAUGGCAGCGAACAUUGAUUACAUGACGUUGGAGCUGUUUGAUGACUGGAAAAUGUUGGCUUGGUACAAUGAAUCGAACGGGUAUGGUAAUGUGGGUUGUCAUUAUUUGAGCGGUGCAAGACCCGAUUGGUUGCCUAGCAUUAAAACAACAUGGUGUCAAAUGAUACGUCCGAAUGGAGAAGUUUUUACCAUUUCAGAACAAGCAGGUGCUACUGAAAGAUAUUCAACUUUAGGCACAAAUUUAACAGAUCUCACAUGUCAACUAGAGUUUCCUCUACCAAUUGCCGCAAAUGAAAAAGGUUCUUGGAAGUGUUUCAUAGCUGAUUCCGGUGGUUUCGCUCUGGUUGAUAUUAAAAAUAAGAACCAAACAGAAUCAACAAAUAAAAUACUUCUUACCACUCUCAAAGCGUCUGCAGAAAUUGCUUGUAAUGUUGACUACAGUUCCGAAGAUUGUUUUUUAACUGCCCCCAAUGGAACAGUCUAUGUAGGCGGAAAUAAAACUAACUUUAGCGCUGGUUACUGCAGUGUUACUGUAAAAUCAAUCCAUGAAACCGAUUUAGGUGAUUGGAAAUGUCACUUUUCUCAACCUAUGGAAGCUAAAGACGAGAUAGUAAUCAUCCAAGUCAUGCUUUACGAUGAUUUGAAGACAUUAACAGCCAAUGUGGAAAUUAACGAAGGAAAUUAUCUGGAAUUGAUGUGUAAAGCAACUUCCGCCAUUGUGAACUGCGCGUUUCAAGACCCAUACGAUAACACGUAUCACGUAUCACCAAAAAAGAAUUCCACAGCUUAUACAAAAUAUAAAUACGUUGGCAAAGGAUUGAAUUACGGCGAGUGUGGGAUUAUUAUCAGCAAUGUGAAAGAAGAAGACAGCGGGCGGUGGAAAUGUUUGACUCGUCUCAAUUCACCAGACGCCAACUUGGCAACAAAGAGUUUAUCUAAAAACAUGCAAGUGGUGGUUAUUCUCAAUGGACUAACUGUUGCAUCUACAAUAGGAAUUGUUGCUGGCGUUGGCACUGUGUGUUUGGUGUUUCUUGGCGGUUGCUUUAUCUUAAAAUGGCGGAGAAAUAAAAAGAAAAACAAUGUGACAGAAACCAAUUUAGAGGUUCCUUUAAAUCAGAUUGCUAGAAUUAUAGAAAUCAAUGAAGAAACAUCCACAGCACACAUAUAAAUUGUUUUUAUUAUUAAAAUUAUUAAUAAAAAAUAAAAUACGUGUAUAGUU